AUUAAUAAAUUUAUUUGUGAAUAUGGCGUUGAUUACUCAUAUGGGAUAGCAUAUCUUAUCAUUGAUAGUGAUUGUAGAUUUUAUAUACGCAACUGACAAGGUGUGGUUGUUUAAUAUAUUACAAAGAUUAAACACCUUUUUUUUUUCUAGACCAACUAAAAUAAUACAACUCACAUUUUAAAUAGUUUUAUAUUUUCAUUAAGCCGCUCAUGAUCCUACUUGGAUUUUUUUAAUCAAUAAUCAUCUUACUAAAUUAAUAACUGCUAAAAACAAGUGAAUUAAUAAAUUAUAAAAAAUAUAUUUUUAAUGUUUAAUUUUUCAAUUAAUUAUCUAUGAUUAAAAUGGAUUUUUUAUUGUGUUUUAUAUUUUUAUUUUCGCUAUUUGCUGGAAUUAAAACACAAGAAAAUGCUCAAGGUAAAUUGUCCAAUGCUCUUUUAGAGUGUUACAAUAAUACAGAUGUUUUAUUAAAAGAUUACAAAUUACCUCAAAAUAUCCAUUCAUUUAUUGCAAUCAUCAGAAAAAUUGAAGAUAAUUCAAUGCUAAAUAUGGAUUUACGUCAAUUAUCUGUAGCACUUAUUCACAGAUUUAGACAAGAUGGAAUUGUAUUUCAACCACUUGUUGAUGCUCAACCAGGUGUUACUCCAUAUGCACCAAAUGGAUUUCAAUUUUAUCGUCAUGCUGAAAUGUUAAAAUUAAUACCAGGAAAUGCACAAACAUUUCCCAACAAUAGUAUAACUAAAAUUGAAAGAUGUUCAUUACAUUCAAUGGUAUCAAGUACAAUCGACACAUUUCAACGAGGUGAUGAAUCAUCGACAUGUCGAGUUGACAAUGAAUCAACGAGAAUUCUUGAUAAAAGAAGUAUUGAUAAAAAUUCACAACCACCUGCUAUUAAUCAGGAUGACGUUGAGACACUAUCACCAGAACAAAUUGAAAUAAUUAAAAAUAACAAAGAUGAAUCAAAACAAGAUAAUGAUGAUAAAUUUUUACCAAACAAUUGGUAUCCAGCACUGCCACCAAAUCAUCCAGAAAAUUCACAUCUUGAACAAACACCAACAAGUCAAUGUCCAUCAGAAAGUGGUGUCAUGAAAACAGAUUGGGGUGUUGUUUCUGGUGGUCCAGUAUUAGCUGGUAUUGCAGCAGCACUUCAGCCUCAAAAUGUUAAAAUAAGUGACUUAAUGAUGCGUCGUGAUUGGUCAUCACGUGAAACUUUACGUGAUGUAACACUUGAUAAUAAAUGGAUAGCAACACUAGCUGGUGAUUUAGUUGAAGUUGCUCUUCGUCAAGGUCCAAUGAAAGAUACACCAUUUAAAGUUGGAACUGAGGGACAUUUUAUAACAUCAAUAAUACCAAAAAAUUAUUAUCUAAAUGAGGAACAAGCAUUGGAGUUAACUGCUGCUGAAAUACGUGGUGAUCUUGAUGGUUUAAUUAUUGCUAAUGAAAUUAGUUAUUGGUAUUCAAAAGUAUCAAGCAUUAAAUUAUCACAAAUUCUUGAUAUGUAUUACAGUGAUAGAGGUGUAUUUAAUACAACAAUAAGAGCAUGUAAUAGAAAAAAUUUAUUAAAAUAUAUUGCACAGAAUGAUACAAUAACAAAACAAACAUUUAGAGCAGCUUUGGUACUUGGAAAUUCACAACUUCCACUUGGUACAAUAUCAGAUGAAAAUAUUGAAAAAUUUUCAAUUCAAGUUGUUAAUAAAUUAUUUGAUCAUGUAUCAACAUCAAUGAGUAGUGAUAGAAAUUGUCAAGAUAAUGAUGUUAAUGCUAUUCCAUUCAAUCGUCUUGCAAUUGAUUUAAAAAUUUUUGUCGACACAACAUGGCCAUUCAAUUUAAUUAAACCAAUUUUACACUUGAUCAUUGAAAAAUCUGAUGUCAAUAAAUAUGCUAGUAAUUUUACACUGUUAAAUGCUAAAAAUGGAGAAAUAAUGAUUAAUUCAAGCUACAGUAUUUUAGAUAUUUAUAGUUUCAAUGAAACACAGUAUGCAUCAUUUGCAAGGGGCUUUGAUCUUCCAAAAACAUUGGAUGUCAUGAAAAAUAUACAAACAAAUAAAUUGAAUCGUGAAAGAGAUUUAAAUAUUGGAGGUGGUAAAAGUGAUAUUUAUUUAAUAAUACCAUACAGUUUGACAUCAUUGUCUGACACUGAUAGAGAUUAUUCAUUAGAAAAAAUAAUAAAAAUGCGAGAAGAUGCACCAGAUGGAAAAAUUAUAUUUUUAACUGGAGGUGCAAAAGAUAGAUGGUCAAGUUUAGUUGUUAAUUCAAAUGAUGAUAUAUUUACAGUUGGUUCUGGAACAACAAGAGAAAUACGUGGACCAAUUGAUGAUUUAAUAAUUAGAAUUAAAAAAAUACAACGUCGUUUAAUUAAUUCACAAUGUGGUGCUAAUUAUGAAUCAAUUGGUUAUACAUCAUCAUUUACAGAUUACAUUGAACCAUCAGGAAUAAAUUUUUAUCGUUUACAUCCAAAUUAUUUUUUCAAGUCUAGCAGUGAUGAUAAUCAAGCAACAAUUAAAAUACAAGGACAAAGUACAAGUGGUACAUUAAAAAUUUGUUACUCAAGAGAAACACUUGAUAUUAAUUCAACUGGAUCAACAUGUACAAUUGUUGAUAGUAAUACUUAUUCAAUGACAUUUGGAUGUUCUGAUGCUAAUUAUAUUCAUGAAUGUAGUCCAUUAUUUUUAUCAAUUUUUUAUAACAACACAGCUAAUACAAAUUAUCAGUGUAUAGAUUCAAAAGUUUGCAGAUAUCCUGAUAUGAUUAAAUACACAAUAUCAUAUGAAAAUUUAAACUGCAAAAGUACAGCAACAUUAACUAAAUUUUCACUAAUUUUUAUUCCAAUUAUUUGUCUAAUUUUUAAGAUUUUUAAUUAUUAAUUAAAAAUAUUUUCAUUUUAUUUUUUUUUUUCAUUUUUUAUUCAAAUUUUAAAAUACAUGUAUUUAUAUUUAAUAAACAAAAAAAAAAAU